CUGCCCCCUCUACUCUCCCUCGUCCUUCUCUCUCUCGGUGCUGCCGCCUCGCUUCCUUCAUUCGCCUCCUCGGCUGCCGCUGCCGGAGCCGGUGCCGGGCUCUCCGCCCUCCCUCCCUCCCUCCCUCCAUCCUCCCGCCCGCCCGCCUGCCGGCCGCCACCGCCGCCGCCGCCUCCGCUCGCUCAGUGGCCCCAGAUUUUUGACUGGAGGAAGAUCAACCUUUCCUCAAACCAUUGCCAAACUUUGGUCUGCAACUGGUCACUAGCAGGCAAUAUCAGCGGAGGAGGUGGAAAGGAACCGAAGUAGAGCAAGAGGUUUCCAGACCGUUUCACUGAUAGGAAGAGAGCUGUGGUGGUCAGUGCCAGGAUAAAAUACUGGACAGCACUUUCCCUGAAAACAAAAGCGAGAGAAAAUUGAAUUGCUGAAUAAACAGUAACAAUGUCAACGAACAACAUAGCUCAGGCAAGGAAAAUGGUGGAACAGUUGCGGAUUGAAGCUGGUAUUGAAAGAAUCAAGGUUUCAAAGGCAGCUGUAGAUUUGAUGAACUACUGUGAACAACAUGCAAGGAAUGACCCGUUGCUCGUCGGAGUUCCAGCCUCUGAAAACCCCUUCAAGGAUAAAAAACCGUGCACCAUCCUAUAGCUGCUGCAAGCCAACCUUUCGCAAACUGACCACAGCAUCAGAAGACCUGCCAAGAAUUUCUAUUGGUAAUCAGACAUUGAGAAGCAGUGCAGCUUCUGAAAUGCAGUCCUGCUGUGGAAAUGUGUUUUAAAAAAAGGAAAAAAAAAUUGGAUUGUUUGUUUGUUAGCUAAGCAUGUUUCUCAAAAUGAAGGAAAGAAGAUGUGAUGGGGAAGAGCAAUGAAAGAAUUGCUAUUUUGGACUUUUAUGAUAGAUUUUCUGAUUGUAAUAUUAAGAUCUUAGGUUUAAAAAAACUAACUCAGCAAGGACAAUACCUUUGCCUAAAAAUUCUUUAAAAAGUGAAAAGUGUAUGUGUAAGAAAUAUACAUUUGGAGGGUGAUAAUACAGUUUGGGCAAUAACAUAUUAGAUGAAGGGAAGCAAUUGAAUGCUUCCAUUGCAUUUUUAAAUGUCACAUUGUUCACCUUUAUUGUCAUUAGCAACUGUGCUGGUAUAAAAGUGUAGUUUUCUUUCCCCUGCCUUUUAAAUUCCAUAUUUACACUACCAAAGUACUGGCCAAUGGAAAACAAUGUAAAUAACACAUGUUUUAUUCAUUCAUUCAUCAUCUGUUUUCCUUAAACAGACCUGGUGGUUGUGAAGUAACCAAAAAAAAAAGUAUUGUACUGAUGAUUCACAUUUAUCUGUGGUAAGCAGUAUUACGUAUAAUUGCAAAUUUUACGUUCUACAAAUUCAAAUAUUUAAUUCCCUUAAAAAUGACACCACAAGUCCCCUAAAAAAAUCACUUAAACAUUCAUGGCAUGAAUGUGGAUAAUGGUAACUUGUGCUUUCUAUAAGUCGGAACAAUUUUUCUCACUUCAUCCGAACGGAACAGAUUAUCCAGCAAGACCAAGCAUAACACUUAAGAGUGUAUGCAUACUAUGUUAAGUUUCUAUACUAAACUGUAUUAGGGCUCAACAUAAAAUGUGUAACUAAUUAUGUUAUUAAUUUAUAGCUCACGAAAUCAUGCUUAUUGAAUUUAUAUUUGGAGGUAAAAUUCUGCUCCAUUAUUUACAAUACAUUACUCCUACCAACAGUGUUCACCUGCCAUGUAAAGAAUCUGUGCAAUGGCAUAUCAGCAGCAACAGAUUGGGAAAACUUCUGGAAAUAUCAAUUAAAAACUAAAACAACGAUUAGGUAUCAAAUGUUUGACCAUGUGACAAAUGAACUACAGCCUUUCACGAGUCCUUGUUCAUUCGAGCAAACCUCCUAAGGAAUGUAAAUUGUAGUUGUGUGCCAAAAACCAUGAAAAUGCCAAGUGAUUUAUGUCAUAGAAAAGUGCUAGAAUUCUUUAGAAACCACAAGCUAUUAUAUAUAUAUAUAUAAAACACAUUAUUUUGAAAGACGUGUUAAAAACCCUUGUCAAAUAAUUUUUCAAUUUAACAUAUGUAAGCAGAUUGCAUGCGCAUUGUUCUAUCAGCUGUCUUGCAUUGUUGCCUUUUAUUCUCAGCUGUUAAGUGUUAGUUAAGCUUUGCCAUAAUUAUUAUUAACUUUUUUUACGAACCAUAUUGACUCAGCCAAAUCAUCUCAAAAAUUCACCGCAAGUUAUUCUGUGACAAAAUGCUUAUAUACAUUUUUGUACCCAGUAAUUCAUUUCUCGCAUUAAAAUCAAAUCAUUUAAAAUCAAAGUUAUGUCACAGAAAAUUCUUGAAGGCGAUUCUUUUGUUAACUAGAAGCAGAACUGUGUAGUUUGUGAUGAACAGUAGUUUUUUUGUGACAUAAUAAUCUUGCAGUGACGUGCCAAUGCAGCUUCUCUUCUUUCUGCUCCUUUGGCUUUUUGGGGCUUUAUUUUAGAGUGCCUUUUUUAUUUUGGGAAAAUAAAAUGGAAAAUCCUUUGUUUAUCUAAUGUUAGCUGUGCAGCUUAUGGUAUUUCCUUUACACGCCAAAGCAAGGAUCCAUACCUUGAAAAAAACACCAAACAGAAAACAGCAAUUCAAAUAGUUUGCUAAUUUCACAAGGUUAUUGAGUGAGAUUUCUCUCAAACUACUCUCAAUUGACAUUAGAAUUAAAAACAAAAUAGCUAUGCUUGUAUCUUAAUGAUUGCAGAUUCACAUCAUUGAACUUUAAUUCAAAGUAAUCUUGUAUAUAUUGACUUAUGAUCAUAAGUUGACUGGCAGGCUGAAAAUAAUUGAAAUUGUACGUGGAUGCUCUGACACACAGUGCCAUAGAGUAAUCGGUCUCAGUCUUGAGAUUAAUUAUUUCUAAUGCAAUCCCAACUUUAAAGUGGUCUCUUCUAAAGAUUAUUUUUGGACGACAGAUUCUUUCCCAUGAAAUCUAUAGGUAGAAUAUACAAUGUCAAAAUCCUCUCACGGGCAGAAGUGAAAUAAGCCUUAGAGCAGACCACGCAACUCCCUUUUGUACAGCGAAUCAUACAAUGCAUAUGAUAAAAAAGAAGAAAUACUUUAUUUCAGUAUCAUACCACUGCAUUUACAAAAAGAGCUUUUAGAGUAAAAUAACUAAGAAGAUAGGUUAUCGCCCUCACUCAAGGACACUCCUCUGCUUCAUUAAAGUUCAUCAAGAAAGAGUCACCUGAUGCUACUUGCCUUUCUGAAACAAUUCCAUUGCAAAGUGUGGUGGGAUAAUAUUUUUCCUUUUUACCGUCAUCAUCUUAGUUUUUCUCAGCUCCAUGUGAAUACAUUAUGGUGUUUCCACCUUGCCCUGGUUUUGCUAGCUGAGUGAUGGCACCACAAAGACACCAGAAGUGCCAUUACAAAUUACGAAUGAUAAGAAGGGGAAAGUUAGGUAUUUAUAAUCUUGGAGGAAAAUGUAUUAUUAACUGUAUUGAUUUUUACACUAAGAUUUAUAGUAUUCAGUUCAUUUGUGGCCCAAAUAUAAAUUCCCACUCGGAUGUUUCCUAGUCUCUUCGCAAUUCUCGUGCAAGUUUUUUGAAUCCAAGACGAGAAUAAUUAAGAAAACAAAUGGGGCAACUUGGUCUGCUGUGAACAUUCUAGACCCUUAGAUGAACUAGACUUUUGAACUCAAUUCAUCCUUCAGAAAAUCUAACUGACACUUAUUUGAAAGUUCUCGACAAUAUUCAGUGAAACUUGUAAAUGUGAGCUUGCCACAAAAAAAAAUCCAUCACUUUGGUGACCCUCCAAAAAGAAUGGGAAUGGGAAUAUGUUUACAUUGCUUGUGAAUGUAAUUGGGAAACACCCUACAGAUUGUGUGAGUUCCUUAUCCUAGACGUAUGGCAUGUUCUUACCAUUUUCUAGGAAAUGAUCCAUCAAGUUUGUUUUUGACAUAGCAUCUGACCUUAAUAGUAGUAGAUCAUGGCCAAUAUUGGUCAUAUCACCAAUAUUAUCCAGUGCAUUUGAAAAUAUUACUGAAUCAUACUUUUCCAGCAUCAGUUAUUGUGGGAUACAAAUCCCCACUUGUAUGACAUGAGCUUCUCUUCACUGUUAAUGACACCAUCAGUAAUUUUCUUCAAUGGGCAUCUUGGUCAUCAGUUCAUGUAAGAUGUGUGUGAAGAACAAAUUUUGCAUUAAAUAUAUAAACAGUUAAAGGAUCUUUCAACGGCUUAAAAAAAUCCAAGAAUGCAGUCAGACAGUUGCUUGGUCAAGGAGAUAAAAGGAUCUUGUAUUCACAAGAAUACAUCAGGAUGUGCCAAAACAUAUUGCAGUCAUUGAAAUACUUUCAAAGGUUUGAAGUGUAGUUGUUGGUGUUGUACGGAUAUGCAGCAGCCAAUUUGUGAGUGCCCAUUAUCUGUGAGGCAGUGGUAAAAGUAUUGUGCUAUUUGUGCUCUUAGUGGGGGGAUAAAUAUCGAGCAACAUUAGGAGAGCCCUGCUACUCUUCUUGACACUGUGACAAGGGAUCUUUUAUAUAUGCCUUAAGAGGCCAGAUGUUGCAUCCAUGUAACAUCUCAUCUGAAAAACUGCACUCAUAACUGCAGCACCCCUUCAGUAUUGCGCUGAAUUAUUAGCCAAUAUUAGACAUAUGCAAGUCCCCAGACUAACGCUUAAACUCAUAAGCUUCUGAAUCAGAAGUGAGAGUGCCACAUCUCAGUCAAGACUGACAAAGCAAACCAAUGAGAGGUUUGUCAUCUUCAGAUGAGUGUUAUCCAGGCCCCCAUCCUUGUUGGAUUUCAGGAUUCUAGCCAUUUGUUGAAGUCUCCUGAAUAGAAAGAAACCCUGUUUCAUCCUGAAUUAUUUAUCCUCAGAGACUGUCGAUCAAUAACCUGGAUCUCUCAGACUCUUGUUAGUCCAAUAAUAUCUUCAUAUCACUGCACUAAAGUUUUGUUUUGACAAUACAAAGCAGAAAAGAUGCGGUAUUUGGUGCUCUGAAUUAUCUGUUGGUUUGACAAUCUGCUCGCUACCUUCUCUCCUGUUGUGCCUUUUAGGGACAUUCUAAAUUUACACUGAAAUCAGAAGUCAGUCGACAUUGUCUUUUUUCACCAAAAUGUUGGCACUUAAGAAAAUCUUAAACCCACCCACUUAACCUUUUAUAGAAGCCUCUUCUUUUGAAAUAUAUCUAACCUGCAUAAAAUCUGAACUCUAUAUCAGAUUAAUGAUCAAAUGUGACAUUGAGAAUUCCAUAGAACAGUGCCAUCACAAUAGUGAAGUUCUUAAAUAACAAGGACCUCUAUUUCAGAACUACACCAAUCUUAACUACACCAAUUGUUCUUUAUCUGAACUCCAAAAUUAAUUGUUGCAUUUGCACAGAAUUUCCUUACUUGAUCCAUUCACAGCUGAGAGGCAUAGAAAGCAAGAGGAGUUCCUAAAGUAAAUGGUCCCAUCUCUCAGCUGCAGUCGACUAGAUCUUCUUGACAUAAUUCCUGGUUGCUAUGUUUUAUACAUUCACAUUAGUUCUCACUCAACCUCAGGGACUGAUGCAGUCAAAGGAGAUUUACCAGGCUAAUUUCUGGGAUGAGAUCAUUGUCCUAGCAAGAGAGCCUCUAUAGUUUGGGUCUAUUUUCCUUGGAAUUUAGAAGAAUGAGAGGUGACCUUAUGCAAACAUAUAAGAUCCUAAGGAAACUUGACAGGGUGAACGUCGAGAUGUUUUCACAGUCAAAAAAAGGGACGUAACUAUAAAAUAAGCGGCCGAUCAUUAAAAACUAAGGUACAUAAAAAUGUCUUCUCUCGGAAGGCAGCGAAUCUCUGGAAUUAUCUGUCUCCUGGGGUGGUGGAGACCAGAACAUUAAAUAUAUUUGAGGUGGUAAAAUGAUAAUUGUUCAAAAGAUUGAGGAAUUGAGAAUAAUCGGGAACUGUUAUGGAAGAGGAUUUGAGGCCAGCAUAAAUCAGCCAAUGUCAUAUUGAAUGACGGGUAAGCAUGAGAGGCCAGGUAGCUGACUCCUUCUCCUAUUUCCAUGUGUUCUUGGGAUCCCUUUUUUCCAAUGACUGCUGUAGUUUUAUCAGAAAAAGUACAUGAACUUAUUUGUAUAGUUCCAGGUAUGUAAGUACUCUCCAGAGGACAAAAAAUCCUUGUUUAUGGGAAGUGCAUCGGGAAAUAUAGCUUUAGUAAUUGCAACUGCUUUUCUUUUUCCAAACGCUUUCAUUGUUAUGUACUACCAGGUCAUCCAAGAAGGCAAACCCGACUAAAAUGCGUAUGACACAAUUGAUGAAAACCAUAACUACUGACAUGAAAAUACUAACAAAACUGGUUUCCUAUGCCAGUCGAGACAGGGAAUCAUCUUUAUUACUGUCCCACAAUUUUCGGACUCUUUCCACGUGAAACACUUGACUCUAACCUCUAGAUUAGAUAGUUCAGUAUAACCCACCUCACUCCUUUGGAUUUUAGAGAUGCAGCAUCGAACCAGGCCCUUUGGCCCACCGAGUCCCUGUACACUAGCAUUAUCUUACACACUAGGGACAAUUGACACUUUACAGUAACCAAUUAUCUUACAAACCCCUAUGUCUUUGAAGUGUGAGAGGAAACCAGAGCACGCAGAGAAAACCCACGUGUUCACAGGCAGAAUGUAUAAACUGUGUACGGACAGCAUCCAGAGUCAGGAUUGAACCCUGGUCUCUGGUGUUGUAGAGCAGCAACUCUACCACUGUGCCACUCCGCCACUCCGCUUCAUCAGUGACUUUAUUUAGAUCCUUAGCACUUAGAAUUAUAAAUAAUGAACAUAGACUGUACAGGUUUGGUGAAGUGGGCAUUUAGUGUUAAAGUUUAUUCUUACCUUUAUGGUAUCAGUUUAACGUGUGUGUGGGCAUAAAUACGACUCUGGAAAAGAAGCAGGAUGACUAAACGUGGAUUGACGAAUGAGUAAAUACAUUUAGCUUUGAAUGUACAACUAGAUGCUCAUGGUUCUCUGAUUCAUUUUCAUGGCCGGACGUUGUAAGAAAAAGUAUAUACUAGCUUUUAUCAAACAUCCUUCAUUAGAAAAACAAGGCUAUAAAGGUGGGAUCCCAUUCAGAAAAACUUCCAAUAAACCAUAUAACCAUAUAACAAUUACAGCACGGAAACAGGCCAUCUCGGCCCUUUUAGUCCGUGCCGAACACUUACUCUCACCUAGUGCCAUCUACCUGCACUCAGACCAUUUCUCGUCUUUAAUUUUACAACGUGGAUGAUAAGUGGAGCUAUGCAAGAUCAGAUUGGAUCAUUAUCCUAUUCCUAACCAGCACUGAAAAGUCAGCAGGGUACCAGCUGUUUAAAUUUUGUCCAACUACCUGGAAGGGUGCACCUUAAAACCAAGAAAAUUAAACCUCUAAAUAAUAUUUCCUUUAAUUAUGUCAUAAUGAUGGUGCAUAGAGAUUUAUAGGAUAAAUUAUAGGAAGCCACCCAUCCUAGUGGAAGGACAACAGUCAAAAGACAGGACAAGAGACAAAAGGAUUAAGAUUAUAACAAAACUUAAUUUGGAUUUCAAUACUUUUCCAAAAGCUUGGGUCCACUAUCUGUGGUCAGCGAUCAGGAUGUCAUCAUCAGUCACUGGGGAAGAUUUACAAGGCUCUAGAAAAACUGCUGAAGAUGCAAUGCACCUGAAUUUCCCCUCCAUCUCAGACUAGCUGUUGUAAAAGAAGGUUUCCUGAGCUCCUAUACUUUGACGUCAGACAAAAUAUCUUAGAUCUCAUUAGAGAAAACCAAAAUAUAUGAUAAGUUUAUUUGAGGUUUUGCUCAUAGUCAAAUCAUGGAAACAGGCCCUACGUACCAACUUGCGCAAUGCCAACCCAGAUGCCCAUCUAAGCUAGUUCCAUAUGCCCGCCUUUGACUCAUAUCUCUCUAAACCUUUCCCAUCUAUGCACCAGUCCAAACGUCUUUCAAAUGUUAUUGUGUAUAUCUCAAGUAGUUCUCUUGCAGUUUAUUCCAUACAUCUAUCACUUUCUGAGUUGCCCCUCAGCUCCCUAUGAUAUCUUUCUGCUCUCACCUUAAACAUAUGCCCACUGGUUCUUGAUUCCCCUACCCUGGGAAAAAGACUGCAUUCACUCUAUUUAUUCCUCUCAUUAUUUUAUACAUCUUUAUAAGCUCACUCCUCAGCAUCCUGUGCUCCUAGCCUGUCCAAUCUCUCCCCAUAGUUCAGACCCUCGCUUCCUGGCAACAUCCUCGUAAAUCAUCUCAGCACCCUUUGGCACCUUUCCUAUAGCAGGGUGACCAAAACUAAACACAAUACUCCAAGUGCGUCCUCAUCAGUGUCUUGUACAAUUAAAGCAAAGUGCCUCAACUUGUAUAUCCAAUUCCGUGACUGAAGAAGGUCUUCACCACCCUUUCAGUGAGCCCUGUACUUGUACUCCUUGAUCCGUCUGCUCUACAACACUCCCCAGAUCUUACCAUUCACUGUGAAGCCCCUGCCCUGGUUUGACAUCAAAAUGCAACACCACACGCUAUUGGCACACUUACCCAGUGAUCAAAAUCCCUCUGUAGUUCUUGAUAGCCAUUUUAUUGUCUGCAAUACCCAUAUAUUUUAGUGUCAUUUGCAAAGUUAUUAAUCAUGCCUUGUAUAUUUUCAACCAAAUCAUUGAUAUAAUUAAUAAAUAACACUGGGCCCAGCACUGAUCCCUAUGACAUCCCACUAGUCACAGGUCUCCUGUCUUAAAAACAACCUCCCACCACCACCGUCUGCUUCCUUCAAUGACGCCAAUUCUGUGUGCAGUUAUCUAGCUCUCCCUGGAUCCCAUGCGAUCCAAUCAUCUAUAUGGAACGUUAUCAAACAUAGUUGGUCCACAUAGACUAGGUCCACAUGUGUGCCCUUAUCAACCUACUUGGUUACCGAUAAUUCAAAAACAUCAAUCAAAUUCAUGAGCUGCGAUCUCCUGCAUACUUAAUCUUGCUAACACUAAUCAACCCAUGUCUUUGCAAAUGCAUGUAUCUCUUAUCCCUCAGGAUCCUCUCUAAUAAACUCCCUACCACAGUCUGAAGAAGGGUUUCGGCCCGAAACGUUGCCUAUUUCCUUCGCUCCAUAGAUGCUGCUGCACCCACUGAGUUUCUCCAGCUUUUUUGUGUAACCUCCCUACCACAGAUGUUAGGCUCACUGGUCUAUAGUUUCCAGAUUUUACUUUGUAGACAUUGAAUAAAGGGACAACAUUAUCCACUCUCCAGUCUUCCGGCACCUCACACGUGUCUAACGAUGAUUCAUAUAUUUCAGUCAGGACUCUUGCCAUUUAUUCUCCAGCUUCCCACAGUUUCAUUGAAUAUAUUUGAUCAGACCUGAGAGAUUUAUCUAACAUCAUAGGACAGGACUUCUAGCAUGCCCACAAUUAUACUACGAACUGUCCUCAAGAAAUCCUCAUUAACUUUCCCAAGUUCCCUAGUUUUCAUUUCUUUCUCCAUGGUAAAAAUAGAGGACAUUGUGGACCUUGCCCAUCUCCUGUAGCUCCACACAGAGAUGAUCGCUUUGGUUGCUGAGGGAUCAUAUUCUCUCCAUAGCUACCCUUUUCCCCUUAUUCAUUCUAUAGUUACCCUAUUCCCCCUAAUCUUAUCUGUCAGAGCUACCUCAUACUCCCUUUUUGCCCCCCUGAUUUCCUUCUUAAGUAUGCUUCUUAAUCCCCUGUACUCCUCCAGGAAUACACUGGAUCCCAGCUACCUACCCCUAACCUAUCCCUUCUCCAUUUCCUGAACUAGAGCCUCAAUUUAUCUUGUCAUCCAGGGUUCCUUCUCCCAUCUACAUCGCCUUGCACUCUAACAGGAAGAUGCAUACUUUGAACUCACGCUGUUGCACUUUUGAAAGCAUCCCACUUUCCAGGUGUCCCUUUGCCUGCAAACAACCUACUCCAAUCAACCUUUGCUAUUAAAAUUGGCUUUGCCCCAAUUUAAAAUUUUAACAUGUGGACCAGCCCUGUCCUUAUCCAUAACUACUUGAAAGCUAAUAGAAUUGUCGUCACUGGUCCCAAAAAUCGCGCCCACUGCAUUUCAGUCACUUGCCCUGCUCAUUUCCCCAAGAGUAGAUCAAACUUUGCCCACUCCCUUGUAGAGCGUUCACCAUAUUACCUGAGGAAACUUUCCCGAACACACUUGAUAAAUUCCACCCCAUCAAAGGCCCUUGCACUAUGGCAGUCCCAGUCUAUAUUGGAAAAGCUAAAACCCCAAACUAUGAUGACGAAAUUAGUCUUGCAGCUGUCUGCAAUCUCCCAGAAUAUCUCUAAUUCCCUUUGACUAUUUGGGGGCACUAUAGUACAACCCCAACAAGGAUUGGACAAUCCUUCAGGAAUAUCAUCUUGGACUACUGCUGUGACGUUUUCCUUAUUCAGUAUAGUAACUCCUCCUCCUCUUUUACCCCCACCUCUAUCACACCCGUAGCACCUGUACCUGGAACAUUAAGCUGUCAGUCCUGUCGCUCACUUAGCCAUGUUUCUAUACAGCUAAAAUGUCCUAGUCUCAUGUACCUAGCCACACUCUGAGUUCACCCCCCUACCCAUUAGGCCACUGUCUCUUUUGAAAAAUCUUAGAAAUGUCCCUCUAUUUAAGAACAGCGGGUAAUUAUUUCUGCAAAGUGAUGGGUGUCUCUAAAUUGAUCUUAACAAUUAAAAAAACGCAAUCUCUUUGAACAAGCCAUGUUUUAUGAUAUUGUAAGCAUUGUGCUUAACACAAUUAUCAUUAAGUUGUAUAAAGAGUUUAACUACUGACUAUGGAGUAUUUUUCAGUUAAGUACUACACGUUUGCUUAAUAGCCUGAUGAACACAUCAUGAUAUUAUAAACAGUAACUUAGACUGUCUCUGCUGCUACCUGUGAAUAUUGCACACGGGGAUAAUUGCAUGUUGUUUUAGAAAGAUGAGAAGCUUUAGGGCCACUUUGUAGACAUAAUAGAGUUUUGUUUGGCCUUUUGCACACCCUCUCAGAAGAUGCCUCAAUGAUUUUGUGCCCCUGCUUCAUUUGAAAUUACUAAGUGAGCUUCAAGGAACCAAAUAACUAUUCUCAUUCAGAACGGCAGAUUGAUAACCUGAUGGGAACUGAGUAAAGCCAGCACAACUAGCAGGGUGGUGCUACUCUUGUGCAGAAUGACCUUGGGACAGUGCCAGCCCGGCUCAUCCAGGACCCUCAAAAUUAAGUCUGUUUGAAGCUUAAAAUGCAAACUCCAACUUGUUCUAUUGAAAAACAGCAAUUGGAGCCCUGCUUUGAUCAUAGAUUUUCCAUGUCGAAAGAGUUCAUUGUCUUUCACAGGCAGGCACUCUGGUCACCCAGUGGCAUCUUUUAACAGCAACCUAACAGUAAUGCACUUGCGUUAAAGGCCUGAUAGUGUAACACCUGGCAUCUGAAAUUUCGUCUCUGUUUAAAACCGCAAACAGUUUGAUUAGUAGGACUGGGUGUUGCAAUCCCUAAGAUUUCACUACAAUUGACAUUCUUGGGGAUGACCACUAGGUGAAUUUGCUAACAAUCAGACACAUCUUCAGUUGUGUACCUCAACGUCACUGGGUGUUUCGGCCUUUUAUCACAAGACACCCUCAAUCGAGGCAGGCCCACCGCAGGUUGAUCAGACCUGGGUGUGUGUCUUAUUGUUAGCCUCUAGAGAUGGUCACGUGGCAGCCCGGACAUGACCAUGAGAAAUAUAGUCCUCACUUUCCAACCAGUGAAUGGGAGAUUAAGGGUCCUCAGUAUUCUAAGAAAAAAAGUGUACCCGCAUGUCUAUGUAGGACAUGUUAGUCAUAAUUGUCCCACACACAAGGCUGAUCCAUACAACCUAUCUUCUGAAAUCAUGUGAACACAGCUCUGAGUGAAACAGUCUUUACUCCAAGUCGAAUUAUAGCUUGGUUCAGAUCAACUUAACAUGAAUGAAAGUUUCUACAUAUAAAGCUCCUGAACUGACCAUAAUUGUAUUGCAUUAAUAAAACUGAAAAUAAUUUGUUGUGGAAGGAAAAUGUUUCAAAAAUGGCAUCAGUUAUGUGUGUGCUUUGUGCAUACAAGCUCACCUUAUGACCAAUAGGUAGCUAAUGAUAAAUCUGUGUUCUAACUAAAUUAUACUUCUCAUUUACAUUUCACAAAUAAGAAACUGUGGUUUUUAGUGUUAAUUUUUUAUAGUGUAUCAAGCUAAAAGUCUUUUUACUUUGAGUAUUCACAUGUGUUGUGUGUAUUCUGAAUGCAUAUAUAAGAAUAUGUACAAAUAAAACACAAUUAGGAUAAGAUAAUUAUUUGUAAUCUGUAGUUGUGUACCUUGUAUAAUGCCCCUUUAUUGAAUGUGCUUCGUAGAUUCUCAGUAUGUUAUUUGAUUGCUAUCAAAGCUAACAUUUAAGGGGUUCGAUUAUUGCAAACUGUUUUCACCUUUUAUUCUAGCAGUGCUGUAUGAGUCGUGAAUUGUGCUUGCUAUCUUGAUAUCUUUGUUGCCCCCUUUAAUUAUAUUAUUAACACCCUUAUUGCACAAUGUUUCAAGUGUUGUACAAUUUUGAAGGAUGACUUGAUUGAACUCCAAAGCGUUCACACGUUAUUUUAAUAAAUUAGGUUUUUAAGA